AAAAUAAUAUCACUUGUAUUGACAAACAAAAGGCUUUCAUAUAUUAUUUAUAUUAUAUAUCAUCCUUUUGUCUGAUUUAUUAAUUUAUCAUAACUUCAGUACUUGAGUGUUUUUGUCCUAUGCUUGUUUUCACUAAUUUCAGUAGAAUCACGAAUCUUCAAUGAGUAGACACCAUUGUCUUGUUUUACAGCCUGUACCACGUUUCUUCGAAGAAGAGAAGCAACUUCGUUUCCCAAGUUGACUUUUUCUUUAGCUUGAUCCCCAGCGAGUCCAGCGCUUUCACGAAAUCCCGUUCGAAUGCGAGCUUUUGCGGCCUCGAGGAUUACUGCGUCUCCUAAAUCAUCAAAAAUUAGCUUCCAUCCGUAGAAUCAAAUUUAUUUUUUUACCUUCAAACAAUUCCCUACUUGCUCUCCAAAGGUUUCGAAAGCAUGAUCUAGCAGCAGCCAUUUUCCCUUAUUUCUUCUUGUUCGGAAAUAAAAAGAGUAUUUUCUAUGUAUAUGAACUUUAAGGAAAAGAAAAUUAGCUUUUACAAUAAUUGCCUUCUUUGUGUUGCCUUGACUGGAAAGACCAAAGAAAGGUAGAAAGACCCCAUAUAGAAAUAAGGGUUGGAUAAAAGCAGCACAAUACUCAUCUUUAGUGGAAUAACUUUUACAUACUUUUCUAUUUUUUACUUUUAUAAUCUAAUAAUCGAUUACAACCUUCUAAUCACUUGGUGUACGUAUACUGAGCUUCAUCGAACACAAGUACUGCCAUAGAACAAGCAUAUUACUUUUUUGGGAAAUGCUUCCUUUAACAUUAUUAAAUGCGGCUCAAGGUAGACCUAUACUUGUAGAGCUAAAAAACGGCGAAACCUUCAAUGGUCAUCUCGAAAAGUGUGAUACAUAUAUGAAUCUUACUUUGCACGAAGUCAUACGGACUAUGCCUGAUGGUGAUAGAUUCUUUCGACUUCCUGAGUGCUAUAUUCGUGGAAACAACAUCAAGUACUUGCGUAUCCAAGACGAGGUUUUAGAACAAGUUGGAAAACAACAAGCACAGCAGCGAGAAACUCGUGGAUCAAGAUUCCGUGGUCGUGGACAGCGUGGUCGCGGAGGUUAUGGAAAUAUGAAUCCUUCGAAUCGUCGCGGUCGUGGACGAGGAGGACAUUAUUGAAAAGAAUUUAAGUUAUGGUGGCCUUUGACAAGCAAAUUAUCUCCUUUGUUAAGGAUACUCUUGACAUAUGACUUUGCUAUGUAAUAUAUUUACUUGUGAUAGAAACACUAUCCUUUUUAGUACGAGAUGACUAUAUCUCUUUUUGUAGCUUUGUACUGAGAAAAAAUGGCUUCUGUCCUCUCGGAAGUCUAUUACAUAUCUAACUCUUUUCUUUCUAGCAGUUGAUUCGUAGGCAUUAUGUAAGCUAUGUCGAAAAAGGGCAACAAAAAUUGUUAUUUAGAAAAUACACUGCUCUCAACCAGUAUUUAGUCUGAAAGAAUUGUUGAACAUCGU